CAUUUGCAACUGUCAGGUGUUGUGAUGCCAGGAUGCAGUCUAUAGCCUAUAGACAUACAUUCCACUUAUGUUAAUUCUUUUUAAAGCCAAGGAGGCGUCCACCUAAUACCCGCGUGGAGGCGAGUCUUGUUAAUGACUGACGUGUGUGGUGGUAGACAAUUUUCUCAUAGUACAGGACAGAGUCCAAAUUGCAUUUGUUCAAAUCUACUAGAGGUCAGCGCCAGACAACCGAACACAACUCUACUCACGCUUGCCUCACGGGAUAACCUGGAGAAAGUGCCUUGCACUCUGGAAGCCUGAAAUCACAGCCACUUAUCUCCUGCCAAGGUGUACUGUUCUACCAUCAUUUUAGUCAAGUGUUUCGAGGUGAUGUCGUCCUCGGAGGUAGAGUGCGGUCCCAGUUUUCCGGAGUUGAUACGACGCAAGCGGGAUGGUGGACAGCUCUCCAAGCAGGAGAUUGGUGCUUUCAUGCGCGGGAUCACGUCUGGGAGCAUCCAGGAGGGUCAAAUAGGCGCUAUGUUGAUGGCGAUUUGGCAGAAAGGUAUGGUGGCCGAGGAGACCGUGGCCUUGACUCAAGAGAUGAUGCACUCUGGCGAAGUUCUGCAAUGGCCAAAGGCCUGGGAUGGGCUUGUGGUUGAUAAGCACUCUACCGGUGGUGUUGGUGACAAGAUCAGCCUGUCUCUUGCGCCAGCACUGGCGGCCUGUGGUGUCAAGGUGCCUAUGAUAAGCGGACGAGGGCUUGCACAUACUGGGGGAACUCUAGAUAAACUGGAGUCCAUUCCUGGAUUCACAGUCACCCAGCCAGUGGAGAAGAUUCGUCAGAUCUUGGAGGAUGUUGGCUGUUGCAUUGUGGGUCAGACUGAAACUCUUGUGCCUGCUGACCGAGUUAUGUAUGCGCUCAGAGACGCCACAUCCACUGUGGACAGUCUGCCACUCAUCACAGGAUCUAUCCUAUCUAAGAAGGGGGCAGAAGGUCUGAAUGCAUUAGUGUUGGACGUGAAGUUUGGCAAAGCAGCUCUGUAUAAGGACUUGGACAGUGCCCGUGGUCUUGCACAGUCAAUGGUAACUGUAGGCAACGGCAUGGGCAUACGAACAGGGGCGGUGCUUAGCCGUAUGGAUGCACCGAUUGGUCGAAUGGUGGGAAACACCUUGGAAGUGUGUGAGGCACUAGAGUGCUUAAAGGGACAGGGACCUGACGACCUGGAAGAGCUGGUCAAAUCUUUGGGUGGGUACCUGCUAUGGAUGAGUGGGCGCACCGCCUCCUUGGAGCAAGGACAGGAAGCACUGGCCAAGGUCCUUCAUAACGGGGCGGCCUUGCAGAAAUUCGAGGCCAUGCUACAGGCCCAGGGGGUGUCCGCAGAUAUCGCCCGAUCCCUCUGCUCCUCUCAGUGUGACUACUUCCUCCAUCUGAAACCAGCUGAACACAAGACAGAGCUGACAGCACAGAGUGAUGGUACCGUUGUCGACAUUGAUGGCAUGGUACUGGCUCAAGUGCUCCAUGCAUUAGGGGCAGGGCGCACAAAGGCUGGAGAACCCAUCAAUCACAGUGUGGGGGCCGAGCUUCUGGUUAUCCUGGGGCAGAAGGUUAAAAAAGGAGAACCUUGGCUCCGGAUCCACUACGAUUCGCCCGCACCGAAUGCAAAGCAACACUCUGACCUGCAGGCUGCCUUGCUAGUUGGCAAGGCUGACAGUUACCUUGCCAGCCCCCGGGUGGCCGAGUUUAUUCUGCCUCCUAAAAUGUAGCACCUUACCCUUCCCCAUGGAAUUGAUGUGGGACAGAAGCACACAACAAGGCCUCUAUAAUUCGAGACCGCUGUUUUUAUACUUUUUUUUUUAAAUAUUACAAAAUGUUUUCCUGUUCACAAACCCCAUUCAUUUGAACAGCUCUUCCUCUGACACAUAAGGAUGUUCACACGUGAACACACAAAUGGACAGUGGAACCCGUAGCCAGUUGCCAUGGUAACGCAGAGAGACAUCUUCUAGACGUUGCGAUGAAAGUGCCUUGGCAUUCUCUGAAGUGGUUGUCAAAGGCGGGUAUAAGAAAAGAACAUGUUGUCUUAAAUGUAUUGAUGAAAUAAAUAAGCUCAAAGUUCACCUUGA